AUGCAAUUCGAAAAAACUUUAGUUGCCGUGACUUUACUCGCAGUCUCAAAGGCUGCUGCAGUACCAGAUGAACCAUAUACUACAUUAACUCCAACAGGUGUGUAUAAAGACGCUUCUAGCAAUUACCCUUCAACUUUUGGAAUUAACGUCGUUCCAUUGGCUGCUGCAAACGCAAAAAGAGACUAUAAAGUACAACAUAAAGUUGUCGUUACUAGAACCCAUGAUGUCACAGUCACCGUUAAGGGUGAACCAACUACUGUAACAACUAAAGUUGAUACAACUACAACAGUUGGAGCAGGAGCAGCAAAUACAGAAGGUACUCAAAAGUCAACAGUAGAGGCUAUUGACACUGAAGUACAAGCUACCCAAAAACCAGCAGAAGAUACUGUUAAAACUGAUACCCAAAAGCCAACAGCUAAAGUCACUGUGCCUCAAAAAGUGGAAGAAACAUCUACUAGUAAGACUGAAUCAAAGCCUACUACAACAGUUACUGAUCAAAAAACUUCAAAUAAGGAUACAAAAACAUCAGAUAAUACUCUAAAUGCAGUAAGUUGUAAAAAUAGUGGAACCCUAGUUGUAUCUUUAACAGAUGGGCUGUUAAUUGACUCUAAAGGUAGAAUUGGAUCCGUCGUUUCCAAUAGACAGAUUCAAUUUGACGGUCCACCACCACAAUCAGGCUCAAUUUAUGCUGCUGGAUGGGCUCUUACUCCUGAUGGUAAUUUGGCUUUAGGUAGCCAAGACAUAUUCUACCAAUGCCUAUCCGGAAAUUUCUAUAACAUGUAUGAUCAACCGAUUGCUGAACAAUGUGAAGAAGUGCAUUUACAGGCUAUUGAAUUAGUUGAUUGUUAA